UAAUAUUCAGUGCAAAGUAGCCUAGAAUUUCUUUGGUGGGGGGCGGUGAAGUACCAGGAUAAUGGAUGGGGGGGGGGCCCCAAAAAAGGUUGAGAAACACUGAGUUAGCCAAUAGUAUGACCUCAAGACUGAAUGCAAUAAAAGGAAGAGGUCAGGAUGAGAGAGAUGGACAGAAGUAAAAGCGCAAUAGACUUGAAGUAAAUGUUAACAAAAAUAUGCUAUCUGUCAUUUCUGAUUCUUUUAUGCAUAACAGUUAUUCAUUAACAGCAGGACUAUUCAUUUGAGUUUUUCAGUUUGAAUUAUAUAAAAAGAAGAAGUCAUGAUAGAAACAAAUUCUCAAAACAGUAACUCUGAAAGUAGUUCCAUUUAUUCAUACCUCAAGAAUUAUAUAAAUUAUAAUUUUAUAAACUUAAAUUUACAUUCUUUGGGAGGCAGAACAGAAGGUUGUUUUUUUGGCCAGUUAUCUUCACUGCCCAGUAAUUUUAGGAAUUUAAAAAUUCCUAAAACUACUGUUUGGAAAGCGUCCCCUGAAACAGCGCCACUUUGGUGCCCGAGUAUUAAACCAAUCAUUCAACCAGAUGAUGGUCACAAAGGGAGCACACAGUGCCAUUUAUUUAGAAGCCCAGGUCCUCCCUUCUCCCCUCAUGGUCUCCUGAUUGCUGUUUUAUUCAACAAAAGUGACCCUUUUUCUUGAUCUGUGGUCUUAAUAAAUUCAAAGCGCCUUCUGCUCACACCCCCCGCUCCUCCCACACACACACCAUGCAUGUCCCCAAUGCCGUUUGCCACAAUCUACUGACUGUCCAAAUAUUUUACACUUCUAUUUAAUUUGUUCACACUGAUCCUGAUUCCCGUCAGUGUCCUCAUCUCAUUCUGUCCUUGAGUCUGGCUUUUUUUUCUUCAUAUGCCCUUGCUCCUUGAAUGAGAUGCUAAUGUGCUGCCAGCAAAGCAAACACGCAUACAUAUAUUUCGAGUGUGCGAAUAGCUGAAGUAAAAACUGAAGUUGCUGAUUGACAUUUUUCACUGUUAUCUUCUGACUUGUCCUGUGUCAGCUGUUCUACUCGUACUUGUCCAGCAGUUUGCCCUGUAAAGCAUACAUUAUCUGCAUUUAUUUUCCAUUCAGCCGACUUGUAUUCAGUAUUUUACCUACUUACUUGCAUUUCAUAUUCAUGGCUGCUUAAGCAUAUUGUCACCUUGUUAAAGUCACUUCUUGCCAAAAGUGAUUUUUUUUUUUUUUUUUUUCCUAAAUCAUCUUUUGGCAGAAAAGAGGUGGUAAUAUUUUUUUCCAAAAUCACUUUUGACAAAAAAUGACUUAGGUCAUUGUUCUAGGAAGGUGAAGUUAUGUAGAUUCAGCUUGAAGUUUAUUUAUUUUGAUGUUAUAAUUGCAUUAACAGCAAAUAAGCUUGCUGGCCAUUCAAGCAAAGUACUAUGGUCAUUAAUCCAUGUACUGCUACUAGUAGUGUUGGCAGGGGACAAGUCUUGCUAGUAAAUGAAAUCUAGAUCUACAUAAAGAUUGUCGGAAGAAGAAAGCAAGAAGUUCAAGGACAAAUAUGAUGGACAUUAUGUGAUUAUAUAGGAAGAAAAAUAAGCAAAUAUGCUAAAUGGCUAAACAUGCAUCUAAAAUAAAAAGAAAAUAUUAAAAUAGAUAUAAUCAAACUGACUAAUGGACUUUGCACACCUUUUUAUUUAUAUACAAAAUUCCCAAUACUUUUAAUUUAGCAACAAUUCAAAAUGAAAGGAAUUUUCAUCAAGCGUCACCUCUCAAGACAAACCUUUUAAUAUUUAUAUAUUUCAAGAAUCAAUCAGAACUGCUCUCAUCAAGAAGGAUAAUUAUAACCACAUGAAAAUUUUAGUAGCAGUUUAUAGUAGUUCAUCUCUGGUAAGAUGUCUCUGUUCUGGGACCUUCCUGCCCUUCCAUCUGCAGCAGUGAAAUGCCUGAGGCAUCGGUGACCCCAGAGUACAGAACAGAGCCGUGUCAUUGACAGCAGACAUGACACUGAUGAAGUCAGACACAGUUUAUAAAGCAGGUGGAGGUGAGCUGCAACAUGGUAUCGGCAAAAAAUAGACAGGCCAUCCACUGCAAAAAAAAAAAAAAAAAAAAAAAUCCCUUCAUCAGUUAGUUCUUUGUAGAUUUGAUAGACCAUAGCUAGGAUAUUGUCAAUGUUGAUGGGAGAUUUUUUUCUCUCUCACUCUGUCUCUCUUGGAAACAGAUUUUUAAUUGAUAUAUUUACUUUUGAAUGUUGAGAAUUCUUUGCCAGUUUGUUUAUCUCAAACUUCAUGCUAAGCACUUGAGAACAUUCAGGACUUAACAUGUAUGGUCCUCCAAUAGAUCUGUCUUUCAAAGACCUCAACAAUGUCACAGAUGCUCUGGCGGAGAUUCCCCGCCGUCCCCUGCGACCUUUAAAGAUCGACUUGAACAACAAGUACCUGAGCCAGUCGAUGCGUCUGAACAACAACAACAUCACAAAUCUCGUUGGCCUUGAAUUCAUUUUGAAUCAUUUUCUGGCUCAGCCAUCAUCGCUUGGCUGGCUGGAUCUCUCCUGCAACAAAAUAACAAGCAUUGAACAUGUUCUAUGUGAGCUAAAGGAGCUGCGUGUUUUGUAUCUGCAUGGCAAUGACAUCUGGAGCCUGACUGAAAUAAACAAAUUAGGAGAGUUGAAUUAUCUGCACACCAUCACGCUUCAUGGAAAUGGGAUCGAAAACAUAAAGGGCUACAGGAAUUACGUUAUUUCGAUGUUGCCUCACCUGAAGAGGAUGGACUUCAGUGCUGUGACUCGCCAGGAGAAGGUCUUGGCUUCUAUUUGGUCUACGAACAUCAAACUUCCCAGAACACGACCCAAAGAUGUGUCAGAAGAUGAUUAAACAGUCAUUCAAGUAGUUCAGAUUUUUUAUAUUUUUUUACCAGUAAAAAUGAUUUAUAAAUGCCUUUACAAAUGACUGAAUAAUUGGUUUGUGUCUCUUAAAAAUGUGAAUCCAGGAAAUUUGGACAAAUAGAAUGAAUUAGUUUCACCACAAUGCAUUCAGCAUUUUCACUUGCAAGAAUUUACAGUUAGUAGGAAUGAAUAAUUUCUUUCCAUUUAACUUCUUAAACUAUUUUAGAUUUAUGUUCCUACUGACUGGGCUUGUUAAGCAGAAGAUACUCAGAUGAGCCUUGAAAGUGACAGCCUCACUCUUAUGAGUUUCACCCUGAAAAAUCCUUAAUUGCGUGGAUUUAAAUGUCCCUGAAUCAACAUGUGGUAAGGACUUAUCUGGCCACUGAAGCCAAGACAAAAAUAGAAAUCUUUUGAAAGUUAAUUUAGAUUCUGUGGAUCAGAAUAUUGACAUUGAUAUUUGUGUGAGAUGUAGCAAUGACUCAGUCGUCUUUGACAGCUUCCAGAUUCCUGAUAAAAACAUUUACCCCAUGUCCCAAACUGCGCUGUAAAGAAAGUCUCGAUGAAUAUCUUUUAGUCAGGAUGGCAGUUGCUCUCAGCGGGAUGGCAGACGGUGCUCCAGGAAAUACUUUGCACUUUGGAGAGUUUUGACUUCAGACUAGCUACUGUACAUGAACAUUACUUUUUUAUCUUGAUGCAAAAGGCUUGUCGUAAAAUAAAAUGCAUGAAUCAGGAUCUUAUGUGUCAGAUUUAUUCAUGGUUCCGCUACCACUGGAUUUCAUCAAAAAGUUAAGAGAAAUGUGUGAAAAUUUUAGAAUUUUGCAACUGGUCUUGUUGCAUUCAGGCAUGAUGAGAAAGAUUGUAUUAAUCAGAACUUUUUUCUUUUUUUUUUUUUUAGAACUUUUUUGGUUUUCAAUUUUUUUUUAUUUGAUGGGUUCUUAACAGAAUACUGUUCUUAAUACACUGUGAAGUGAAAGCAUGUUUGAAGUAUUAACUUGACUCACACAUUAAUUAUAAAACACCUUAUGUUGUGACAGCUGACAUACAACUAUUGUCCCGUAACGGUUGGCUGCUGUUUAAUCCACAAGCUCAACCUCUUUGGUUCUGAUUCCUGCAUUCUUUGAUUUCUCCAUAAAGUUCUGGAAAAGGACGUUGGAUCCUUUUCCAAAACAAUCCACCAAGUCAUUUAGGAUAUUGGGGAAGCUUAAAAAUACAAUUACACCUUCAAGAACUCUUUCCAAAAGUUGAAUUGUUCUCUGUUCCUCUGUUACGUGUGUAUUUUUGUCUUCUGUUGUAUUUAAUGUUACAAAAUGUGACUAGAGGGAUAUGAAGGCUUUAAAAAAAUUAAAAAAAGCAAAAUGUGGUUUGAAAGUUUAUUACAAUAAAGAGGACAUAAAACUA